AUGCCUCCGGCGUCGAGGGUCUCCAAUCCGGCCAUCGCCUUCCCGUCCAUCUCGUUGAAGGACAAAGACCAUGGCGCCACAUCACUGUCUCGCUCAGAUGUCGAAGAAGCUCGCGCUGGGCGCAAGCCAUCCCUUCUCCGCUCUCUUUCUCGCAAAUACAACAUUUCCAGUUCUUCCCUCUCUCGACAAAAAUCCGUCGAAUCGGUCUCCUCCAUAGACGGCGACGAUACUGUUGCUGGCAGUACUAGACACUCCACCUCGCCUCUUGAAUCUACACUCUCUUCAGGACCUUUCUCCCUUUCUUCUCUGUCUAUCUCGGAAAAAUCAAUCACCAGAAGGCAGGAACGCACCAACUCCGACAUAUCGAUCAACGACAAUCCACCGGUCCCUCGCAGUCUCGGGUUGGUGUCUGCUGCCGCAAAGGAGCUAGCUCAGCUCGUCCAGGGUCAAACUCCAGAGAAGCGUAUCCGCGUGAACUCGCCAACUGGUGGAGUAGAUGCUCCUCGUAUUCGACAGCGCCUCGACUCCCUCGUCGAACCCAUGGAAGACUCCGCAUUUUUCAAUGGCAAGGAUGUCGAACCUGUGAUCGAGGCAGCUAAACGCGCUAUGAGGGCCCGUCUCCCCAAGGCGCAACCUACGCCAGCGUCAUCAGGUACCGCUCGUGUUAGCGAUGCGGACGCCUCAUCUUCGGCUUUCGCGGCUAUCCAGAAGCAACGCUAUUCCCUCGAACUCAUACUAUUUGAGAACCGAAUCGAGGAGCUUUGGGAUCAGCCCCUCGAUGAAAUCGCGUUCUUUAACGGCUGCCUCGCGCUUCGAGAUCUUGAUAGCCGUCCUGCUGCAGAUCUGCCUGUGCCUCGGAUUCUCGACAUUUCUAUCGAUUGCGCCGACAAUGAAGAACAGCGCGUCGAGCGCGUCGAUGCCGAGGAUAAUAUCGAACUCGAAGGAGGGAUUGCCAUGGAGCGGUGCUGGCACUACAGCGACGGCGUUGGUAGCGUAGGAAAUCGCGGAUGGUUCUCGCUAUUCUGGGUACCCCUCCCCAUGAGCGUAUUCCACCACGGGGACUAUAUCGACGAGUUCACCAUCACCGCCGCAGUCCGAGUCGGCUUCGAUGAGCAGGAGACGGAAGAGCCCAUAACAUUUGCGGCAUCGGAGUCCACUACGAUCAGUAACCUGCGCUGGGCUGAUUACGCCGGAAAAUCCAGCUCGGUGUGA